CACCACGUUGCUAUUCUAUUCCGAGAUCAGAUGCCGUCAGACCAGCAAGUGUCCACUGUCUCCUGAACUUCUCUCUUUGGUCUUUUAUUAGUUCUUUUCCCUUUUCUUCUCCUUUUAUACAUACAUAAUUGCCAUUUUGUUUCCUUUACAUCCGUUCCACAUCUCCCUGGUUUUUGUCUCUGUCUCUGUUUGUUAGGUACUUGAAAUCUAUCUGUCCUCAUUUAGCCGCCAAUGUCUACUUUCGAUCCCGCAGCGAGGAAGCGAGUCCUCCGGGUCAUUGCUGUCUCGCUUCUCCUCGAUCUGAUUUCCUUUACAUUCAUCCUUCCCUUGUUCCCCAAGCUUCUCGAAUUCUACCGCGACCGCGAAGGCCAGGAGCCAAUCGGUCACAACGGGCCUCAAACUCUCCUCCAAACCGUCCUGUCGGGCCUCCACCGAUACAAAGCUUCUUUCUCUCGCCCGAUCGAGUCGCGACAUGACAUUGUACUGCUGGGCGGAGCUCUAGGCUCUCUGUUCUCACUUCUACAAGCCAUCGCAUCUCCUUUAAUCGGCGCUCUCUCCGAUCGAUAUGGCCGUCGCAAAGCGCUCUUGGCUUCCAUGUGCGGCAAUAUUCUCUCCGUCCUGCUCUGGGUUGCCGCCGUCGAUUUCCGAACAUUCAUCGCUAGUCGUGUCGUUGGUGGGUUAUCAGAAGGCAACGUGCAGCUCGCUACAGCAAUGGCGAGUGAUAUCUCGGAUGAGUCGUCUCGCGGUGCAACUAUGGCUCUGAUCGGCGCGUGCUUCUCAAUCGCUUUCACCUUCGGUCCUGGACUCGGCGCGUGGCUCAGCACAUUCUCGACAUUCACGGCGAACCCGUUUGCGGCGGCUGCGGGAUUCAGUCUUGCGCUGAUCGUUGUGGAGACAGUGUAUCUAUACUUCAGCCUGCCUGAGACGUUGCCCUCGCUACGCGGUGCUCAGGCGAAGGACGGUGGAAAGAAGAAGGCUAUACCCAAGGCUGUUGAGAGGACUAACUCUCACUUUCUCUUGAACGCCAUCCACUUCGUCUUCCUGCUUUUCUUUUCCGGCAUGGAAAGUUCUCUGUCUUUUAUGACGUACGAGCUCUUCUCGUUCACUUCCGGCAAGAAUGGAAGAUUACUUGGCUAUGUUGGUCUUGUGGCAUCUAUUCUCCAGGGCGGUGUCACGCGACGACUCCCACCUCUGAUGUCUGUUCGAAUCGGCACACUAGCUUGCCUUGCGUCCUUUGUUCUCCUGGGACAGGUCAACACAAUCGGUGGUCUGUACCUCGCUGCGACAUGCCUGGCCGUCACAUCCGCUACAGUCGUUACGGGUCUGAAUGCACUUUCCAGCUUCGAAGCUCACGAAGAUGAGCGCGGCAACAAGCUCGGCAUGUUGCGAAGUUGGGGCCAGCUUGGCCGAGGCCUCGGUCCUAUCCUGUUCACAAGUGUGUACUGGUGGGCUGGCCGUGAGGUAGCAUAUGGUAUGGGCGCAACAGGUAUUGCUAUUGUAGCUGCAGCGGUGUUUGGAGGGUUGAAGACGCCAAAGGGCAUGAAUACUCAGGGCAAGAAAAAAGUUGAGAGCAAGGUCCAGUAAGGUCUAUUUAUAAACAAUGGAUAAUCCAUGAAGGGGAUGUGUAUAUUAUUACAUGGAUAUUGGUCAAGCUGGGCUUGACUUGCGUAGAUAGUAGCAUUCAUAGAUAAUUGCAGCAUAUAUCAGACGUUUCAUGUUUUACGCCUUGUUGCG